GUUCAGGAAAUAGAUCUAAUAGCAAUGGUGAUAACCAAUGUUUAGAAAAUGGAUCCAAUGGCAAUGGUGUGAAUAAGAAACACAGUGGUGAAGGUCAAGGCCAAAAUGAUAACCAAGAAACACCAAAUAAGAAAUCUAUUUUGCACAUUAUCAAUUAUAGCGCACAAGCAAAAAAUG